AUGGCAGCAGCAUUGCAAGUGGCAAGCCUCCUGCGAUCUAUCGCAGGGGGCCGGGAGGCUAUGGGCCUGGAGGGCCCCCCUUUUAGGGGCCCUCUUCCGCGAGCCGUCCGUGGGCCUUCUUUAGGGGGUCUCGACGGCGAAAUCCAUAAGCAGCCCAGCCACCAACGCCAACGGCAGCAGCAGCAGCACCCCCAGUUACAGCUUCCGGCGCAGGAGCUUCUGAUGCUGACGAUAGGAGAAUACUUCAGGUCGCUUUCGGGGGUUCUCUCGCGUUGGCGUCCCUUCGUAAGACCCGCGGAGGCACUGCAGAAGUUGCUGGGGGCCCCCUCCCUAGGGAGGGCUGCUCUGGCGCAGCUGCUGCCGUUGCCUCUCUGGCUCAUCCUAGGAUCGCAGAGGGAAAAGCUUGUAGUCCAAGCGCGCCGGAUGCAGUUCCAGUUAUGUAUGAGGGCUUUAGGGGCUCAGAGAGGUCUCUUAAGACAGUCCCUCUCGCUCUUCCUUGGCUUCGCGCAUUUGGCGGCCGGCGCAGGCCCUCCGACGACUGAGGAUUCGGCAACCCCCCUGAGAACCUGGCUCACCAGCGCGCAAUGCGUCCUCGAAAUCUAUGGGGUUGUCUUUGAGCACCUAGCCGUGCUCUUAAGUACUGAGGCACCCCCCGUGCUUGCCAUCGCGCGAGCAGGGGCAGGCUGCGAAUGUCUAGGUGCCUGGCAGACCCCCGAUACGGCCUUGGAUAGAGGCUCUCUCGUGUUAGACGGGGCUUCGGCAAGCUUUAAGAGCACCACAGUGGCAUGUGACGGGCCUCUAGGUUGCGGGUGCUCCCCUCUUCUGUCCACCGAGGCUGUCGAGCAUCUCCAUCGGUUAGCUUGGAGGAGUGUCGAGGGGGCUUUGCUGGGGGCCUUCCGUUUCACACAGAGCUGCUAUCUGCCCGGCUCUACGCAGGUGGUCCAGCAGCAGCGGCAGCAAGACUCAAGUGAGGCACGGCAGCUGCAGUGCCUGUGCUGCUGCUGCCGCAGUGUCACUGCAUCAGAGCAACGUCGUAAAAGCAGCAACAGGAAAAGCAGUGUGGCAACCCUAGAGGAGCGCGCAGGAGAUCCUACUGACUGUCUUUUGCAACAGGGCUGUCUGAAAAGCCUUGGGGCAGCUCUCCUCCAUUGGGAGCCUUGCAUUAGCGAGCAGACGGUGUCCGAACUCCUGCUGCGCAUACACUCGAUCUGCCCUCAGCAGCAGGUUUUGUUGCAAUUUCUUGAAGCGUGCACAGCAGUAGCAACAGCAGAGAGAUCCGCGGGCCGCAACUCUUCGCUUGCCCUGGCGAUCCGUGUGCCUCAUAGGCUGGAGGCUGUGCUUAGGGAUAUACUAGCUGUUGUAGCAACCAAGAGCCGUUAG